GAAAACAUCCCGUUGCUGUUUCAAUAUAGUUGUUUCUUCUUACGUUGCAUUAAGAUUCGGCGUGACAUCAAAAACUUUGACAAACUUCUGUAGAUGUGUGACUGCCUGCAUCUUGGCCUGGUAUGGAAACAUCAACGCUGUUGAACAGAAAAUAGUGGAUUCAGCCCAGUCUGUCAGGGUAAAGCCUUCCCCACCUCUGCGCACGUCUGCAUAAAGUGUUAUUGCAGGAAAGCAGCAUCCAUCAUCAGGGACCCCCACCACCCAGGUCACGCUCUCUUCUUGCUGCUGUCAGGAUGAAGGAACAGGAGCCUCAGGACCCACACCACCAGGAUGAACGUUAAAUUCGGACCCCAAGGGAUUCACGUUGAUCAGUCUGAGCUGCUGUGUAAAGAUGGCUGUGGUUUCUAUGGCAACUCAGCCUGGCAGGGCUACUGCUCCAAGUGCUGGAGGGAGAGGAAUCGUCAGCAGCUGGAUAAAGGGAUGAGCAAUGAAGGGCCCACAAGUUCACUGGUUGCGGGCGCCACCAGCUUGCUGUUCAACUUCUCAAAGUUUGAGAAAAAGAGGAGCAACGAGAAGAGUCGUCGAGUCAGCACGGUGAAGAAGCUGUUUGGCUCCAAGCUGACACCCAGGCAAGAGAUCCCACAGUUUCCCGAGGUCAGCUCUCCAAUUUCCACGCCGGUACAGUCUGGGGAUUUCACAGACUUCCUCAAAUCAUUGUGGAAACCAAACAUUCAGAUGGUGCAGAAACGCUGUGUCCAUUUUAUUGAGCAUCUUCAGGCGAGGCAGAAUCUGACUGUCGAGGCGCAGUCCGAACUAGCACAAGACUUUUACCAGAAUGUUGCUGUACACUUUAACGGUUUCUCGUCCGAACAGAAGGACAGGAUGAUGGAUAACAUUGAGAAAUUCACCAUGACGCAGCUGUACAAGACCGUGUUCUGUCCCGAUAGCUCAGAGGACGAGCAGAAGGAUUUAGCGAUACAACAGCGUAUACGGGCUCUUCACUGGGUGACCCCUGAGAUGCUCCGAGUUCCCCUCAAUGAGGACAAGCCGGAGGUCACAGAACAUCUUGUGUCUGCCAUCACAGCAAUUGUUAAGAUGGAUUCUAAGCGAGCUCCUCAGGACAAGCUGGCCUGCAUCUCAAAAUGCAGCUGGCACAUUUUCUGUGCAAUCCAGAUCUCCAUCGAGAAGCCGGCAGCCGCAGACGACUUCCUCUCCACUUUGAUUCACGUGGUGUUGAAGGUGAACCCUCCCCGGCUGCAUUCCAACAUCCAGUACAUUAUCCGCUUCUGCCACCCCAAGCGACUGAUGACCGGUGAGGCGGGUUACUACUUCACCAACCUGUGCUGCGCUGUCAGCUUUAUCGAGAAGUUGAAUGGACCCUCUCUCAAUAUCACCCAUGAGGAAUUUGAACAGUAUAUGCAAGGUCACAAAUUGCCAGCUAGAAAGAUUCAGAGCUGCCCUCUCCUGCAGAGUGCUGACUCGGAGAUCCAGCAGAUGCACAGUAAUCUACAGAUACUGCUCUCUCAACUCUGGGAGAGGCAAGAUCGUAUCAUCAGCGAGGUUAAGAAACUGGAGCAGGAGGUCCUGGAAUGGAAACGCUCUGUUAAGGAGGAAGUCGAGGAAAGCAUUGGAAAAUUUCCACUCCCUAACACUUCAAAUCCAGAAUGAGGUACUACUUGGGACCAUACAGAAAAGGCCUGUGUAACUGUGAACAUUCCACUAUUUAUACAGAAUCAGACUUUGCACAGUAAUUAUUAGAUUGUACAAAAAAUUAAUUUUUAAAGACUUGAAUGCACAAUAAAAUAGCACAAUAUUUCAUUA